CCGAACUCUUCAUUGUGUCCAACGAGCGGUGACUGUAUAGCGGGCCCGCGCAUGCGCAGUUAGAGCCCCGGAGCCGCAGGAGAUCAGAGAUGCGCUCCGGAGUGAGGGACAGUGACUUCGAUAUGAGUGCCAAAGUCAACAUGGAGGCUCCACCCAAAGAACCUGAUCGCAUCCCACUGGACCCGGCGUCCUCCUCGUCCCCCAGCGACACCGUCCUGGUCUGUGGGAGUGGGAGCGAUGCCGUGGCCAAGAAGCCUCGACCCCAGCCUCACACCACCACAGCUCUGCUCCUACCAGCUCCAGCUCCUAGUCAUCAGAAGAUGGAGGUGACUCAGGCUGUUGCCCUUGGAGACACAGGUAAAGGAGUCAGAGCCAAUGAGACCGCCCCUCCCACUCUGACAGCACAUGUGGGCGGGGCUUGUAGCAUCGUACACGUCCUGGAGUGGAAGGAGGGCAUGGCCAUUUUACCCAGCAGCAACCUCAAGUUCUGUGUGAGUGACGUAGGAACGCUGAGUACACUCAUCACUCCUGGGACCACCAGCAGCACCACUGAACCAGCAGCAGGGACUUCUGGGAGAUCUGCUGAUGCAGAAAACGCUCCCCCAGACAAGCCAGAAGUAUUGGCCCCUGUUGUGUCUGUGAGGGGAGCAGCCAUGGAGCCGGAGCGGCAGGUUCAGGUCAAUAAACCUGAAGUCCAGGUCGGACCAGGACAGCAGAACCACGACCCCAGAGCCCAGAGGAGCUUCAGUGAAGAACUACGCAGAGAGCCCAUCAUGGACAAGAGGAGCAUUGUAGUGGAAAAGGUUCCGGCAGGAGGGAGAGUUUCAUCCCUGAACCCAGACCACCUGAAGCCCAUGAGGAAGAGGAAGAGGAAGGAAUAUUUGAGUCCAUCAGAUGAAGACUCAGACAUCGAGGGCACGGAUGAGAAAAUGGACGAUUCUAAAGCAGAUAGCAGACACAUUAGAGGAGGUGGGGACAGUAAGGCAGAACAGUGGACGUGGGCUCAGUAUCUGGAGGAAACCAAAGCUGUGGCUGCUCCCAAUAAGCUUUUCCAAGAGUCUCAGAGAGUCCCGACAGUGAAGAACGGCUUUAAACAGGGCAUGAAGCUGGAAGGCAUUGACCCACAGCAUCCGUCCAUGUACUUUGUCCUCACUGUGGCUGAGGUCUGCGGUUACCGACUGAGGCUCCAUUUUGACGGCUACUCUGACUGCCAUGACUUCUGGGUAAACGCCAACUCCGCCGACAUCCAUCCUGCAGGCUGGUGUGAGAGCACCGCACACAAACUGCACACUCCCAAAGGUUGUAAAGAGGAGGAGUUCACCUGGACCAACUACCUGAGGAUGACUAAAGCACAAGUUGCUCCAAAGGAAGUCUUUGCCAGUCCUGGGAGGAUUGAUGUCAAAUGUAGUUUCGAGGUGGGAAUGAAGCUGGAGGCCGUCGAUCGUAUGAACCCUUCACUCAUUUGUGUAGCAACCGUUACUGACGUGGUGGACGACCGCUUCCUCGUCCAUUUUGACAACUGGGACGACACAUAUGAUUACUGGUGUGAUUCAAGUAGUCCUUACAUUCAUCCCAUCGGCUGGUGUCAGGAGAGAAACCUCCCACUAACGCCACCUCAAGAUUAUCCAGACCAGAGCCGGUUUUCUUGGUCUCGUUACCUGGAGGAAACCGGUGCAAAGGCAGUGGCCGCUGAUGCCUUCAAAGUGCGUGCACCUCACAGUUUCCAGCCACAGAUGAAACUGGAGGCUGUGGACAAGAGGAGUCCUGGUCUGAUCAGGGUGGCCACAGUGGAGGAGGUUGAAACCCACCGCAUUAAGGUCCAUUACGACGGCUGGAGUCACGUUUACGAUGAGUGGAUGGACUCCGACCACCCCGACAUCCAUCCAGCAGGCUGGUGUGAAGCGACCGGUCACCCACUGAAAGUUCCACCACGGGACACCAAAACUCCACAGCCACACGGGGUGAGGGAGCCUCCUGCUGCAGGUCAGUCCACCUACCCCUCCUCUGUUCCCUGUAAACCCAUCAGCCACCCCAGAACCAACAAAUACAGCUUCCACAACAGGAAGUGUCCAACUCCUGGUUGUGACGGUUCAGGUCAUGUGACUGGUCGGUUCACUGCACAUCACCGCAUAUCUGGCUGCCCGCUGGCUGAGCGUAACCAGGGUCGACUGAAGGCCGACCUGUCGGACUCAGAGUGCAAGAGGAACCGUUUCUUUGGCCAAAGAACCAAGAAAACCCAUUAUCGUGGCAGGAUCGGCCGCCCUCCGAAAUACAGGAAGAACGAGCAGAGAGACUAUCAGAACAUGUCGUCAGAAGGCGUGUAUCCGUCGUUGUUCAUGUCAGCUCUCAGCGGUCAGUCGGACAGGACUCUGUCUCUCUGCUGGGAGCAGCACUGUAAACUACUGCCCGGAGUUCAGGGCAUCCACGCCAGUCAGGUGGCGGCAUGGAGUGUUGAAGAGGUCUUCAGGUUUGUUCAGAAUCUAAUUGGCUGUGAAGAGCAGGCUCGUCUCUUCAAAGAAGAGAUGAUCGAUGGCGAGGCCUUCCUGCUGCUCACACAGACUGACAUUGUGAAGAUCAUGAGCAUCAAGCUCGGCCCCGCCCUCAAGAUCUCCAACGCCAUCCUCAUGUUCAAGAGCACAGACGAGGGAUUGAAGUGAUCCCGAACCUCACUCACCGGGCGCUGGGCCAACAAUCAUCAUGUGCCAAAUCCAUUCUGUUCCAGGGAAAAGACCCUGACCUCUUUUCAUGUGUUUGGUGUCCUGUACCCAUCAGAGAGAGGGAGGGGGGAGGGGGGUCCAACCAGGGUUAAAGGAGAAAUGAAGGAGACGCUGAAGGAAUGACGGACAGAAACAGAAGUUUUUAGAGAAGAUGAAAAAGGUGAAUAGGAGGCAGAUGACAGGUGAUGGUUUUCACCUGAUGCGUUUGAGUCUGAAUCCCCUAAAUCAGAGAGAGGUUUAGUUUUAUCCUCCUAUUUUUAUGACAAAUCAGAAUGCAAUGAAGAGACCUUUCUUUAUAUAGUAUGUUAAAGUGCAGCAAAAUAUAUAUAUAUAAAAAAAAAAAAAAACUUACAACAAAUGAAAACUUAUUAUUCUACAAUGAUGGCAUUCUGUCUGUUGUACAGGAAUUACAGCAUUAAAACCAGAAAAUCUAACAGACUUAUUUAUAGAUAUGUACAGAUGAUAUUUCAUGGAAGCAAAAUUAUUUUAAAAUGAGAAAUUGUUAAUUUUAUUCGUAAGUAGCUCUGUAACAAGUGGGCUAAUGUACAAGGAGGUGGUUAUUAUGGUAAAAUAAACCCCUUCAGGGUCAAGGUAGUUUAUUUCAGAACAAAGACACACUUAUCAUUCCAUACCUAAAAUAAUUACGUUUUUUUUUUUUCUUUUUUUUUUCUUUUUUUUUUUUUUUACCAUGGCCAAUAGUUGAAAAGUACAAUGAUGAAAACAUGAUAAUGACACUACUCAUCCCCUGUGAGAAACUGAGGUGUGUAGUCACUCAUGUAAGAGACAAAUACACAACAUAUUAAGUACAACAUAUAACAAAGGUAGUAAUGCAGUAUAUACGGGAUUAAAAACACAAUUGCUUAAAGCUGCAGGAGCCGAAAUCAGGGGAAAAAACACCAGAAUUUGUAAAUAUACACAUUCCUUCUGGAGCACUCUCCUUUCGGCCCAAACCAAAAGAUGAAAUAUAAAUAUACCUGAUGAUGUUUAACAUCACUGUGGAACAAUAAUGGCACUUCUCCAAUCUCUUGCAUCAAACCACAAAGUAGAGCAGUGGAGUCACAUCUGAUGGAAUCUCAUGAGUUAUCAAUAGCGUAUCCAACCUCCCUACCUGUCUGAACACCUAUGAGCAGCCAAAAUCUAGCAUUAUAAGGUUGAUUUUGAAUAGGAGGGGAUAAGGAUUCUCUUUUCCUCUCAGACCAGUUGUAUUACAAAUAAGCUAAAAGAACUUCAGUUUUAAUAUUAAAGUAGUCCGUAAAGGCUGAUAACAAAAUGUCAUCUGCUGCCACAUCAGUGCAAACAGAUCAACAUAUUUUCAGAAAUGACGACAAUUACAGUGUUAAGUCGGUAUGUUUUUUGCGGGGAAAAACACAGUACUUGGACUAAACCAUCAGUGUGAAAACCCUUGAGAUUGCAGAUGAUGACUGUGAACUAAAGGGGGCGACUGAACCACUGUAUAUAAGUAUGUAAGAGGAUGGGACGGACUGUGGGUAGAGGGAAAUAGGUGCCCAAAAAGAAGAAAGAGGAAUAAAAAGCAGGUAAGGAGGCUGGUCAGUGAAGCUCUAACACGCUUCACCUCUUGUGCAAUAAAAGAUGAGACAGAUGUACUGUAACUGGUAACACUCAACAUCACAGAUUCUUGGAAAAAAGUCAACUAGUGACAGAUAAAGACAGAGAAAACCUUUGCUAAUUUUUGAUAUCAGAAAAUAGUAUCAGUAAGAUUAAACUGCACAUUCAGUAUGGCGUCAGAAGCUGUGAUUUUAAGUGUUGCCAUCUUAUCUAAAAUCUGAAUGAAAGAACAGCAUGAGACAACACUGUUGUGAGUUUUUGUCUAUAAAUAAUUUAUUUUGCAAUUUCUAAAAGAUGAAAAGAACACAAACUUUGCACUGGCAUUUUAGCACAACUGUGAAACCCAUGUGGAUUUUUCACUGAUGUCCCUGUAUUUGGUCACUAGAGAGUGCAAAAAUCCACAGUUUAGCCCUAUAAACACAGAUUGAAGAGAGCUUUUAGCAGUUUACAUGUGACGAAAACUCCACUCAGAGUGCGUUCCGCAAAAUGUUUACAUUUUACGUCAGAAAUAGAAAAAAGAAAAAAAAAAAAAAAAGAAAAGAUAUAGAAACUAUUGUACGUAUUAACAUUGUGAGAUGAAAGUUAUUUAUUUUACUGGACUGUUUUAAGGGCUCUUGGAUUCUUGACUAUUUCUUCUUUGUGUGUCUCUCUGGUGGGAUUUGUGUGUGCGUGUGUGUGCGUGUCUAGAUAAUCUUUGGUCACAAAUCAUUCAGUGCAUAUGGAAUUAAUAAACAUCCAAACUUGUCUUGUCUGA